AUGAGCAAGGCGCUCAAGGAGGGUUUGGAGGGGGAGGAGCAGCGGCUCCAUAGGAUUCGCAUCACGCUUACGUCGAAGGACUUGAAAUCUAUUGAGCGUGGGGCGUUUCAGGGAAACCGUGGAGCUCUUGCCUCCCCACCUAUCUUUGUAUAUUGUCUUGCAGUGGCGGUGUGCACGGAGCUCAUUGGAGCGGCAAAGCAGAGGAGACUGCAGACAAAUGGGCCAGUACGCCUGCCUGUCAAGACCCUGCGGGUCACCACUAGAAAGUCGCCUUGCGGAGAGGGAACGAACACAUACGACAGGUUCGAGCUGCGUAUCUACAAGCGUUUGAUCGACUUGCACUCUGCAAGCGACGUGGUUCGACAGAUCACGUCUAUCAACAUCGACCCCGGUGUUGAGGUGGAGGUUACUGUGUCCAACAUAUAA